GAUUGGCUGUUCUAUGAUCCGGAAGUGAAACUACAGAAACAACGAGCACAUGACCUAGCACCUGAUUGUCUUGUUGAUGGUGGUGUUCAUUGGAGAUGUUAUAUAAAAUGUCGUUUCUACAGAAGAUAUGUUUCUGCCUAGGAUUGUGCUUGGUAUAUGUGAGUGGCGAAGCUCCUGUACAAUCAAGAGAUGCUGAUCCGAAGGAUGUCAAGAAAGUUCAUCUGAUAUUCAUGAACCAUUUAGAUGUUGGUUUCAACGGCAUCAGGCCUCAGCUUGGCUUCAUCAACAAUGUUCUCAACAAGUACUUCACCGUGUACUUCCCCCAAGCUGUCAAAGUGGGCUUGCAGUUGUAUAUGCUGGGGUAUGCGGAGAAGCUGAUGUAUAUGUCCCACCCCUGGCUGGUCAGCAUGUACCUGGACUGUCCCCCAAACCUGGUGCUGGCUGGAAUACAAUUACAGUGCCCUAACAAGACGGAACUGAGCAACUUCGAGGCAGCUAUCAAGAUGGGGAUUAUCACAUGGCAUGCUGGGCCGAUGAAUAUGAACAAUGAAAUGUUCGACCCCUCCAUGGUUGACUACACCCUGCAGAUCAGUGAAGACCUCGAUAAGAGAUUCGGGAUAAAGCGCCCAACUCGUGUCGUCAGUCAGAGGGACGUCCCAGGCAUGUCGAUCGCUCUGCUGCCUCUGUAUGCUAAGCAUGGCAUCGAGGGUAUCAGUGUUGGUGUCAAUGGAGGGUCGGCACCACCGGCCGUCCCCAAGAUCUUCCGCUGGGAGUACCAGAAUGCCAGUCUCAUCGGAAUGUGGCAUCCACGCGGCUACCCCGACCCACCAGGGAAAUACCCAGCACGGGCCCUAGGCCUGUCUGCAAAGGACUGCGUGACAUUCGAAGGUCUGGAUGAAGCAAUGUGUUACGCUUUCAAGAGUGACAACCAGGGACCUCCAGCAUCUAUGGCGGAAGUCCUCAUAUUCUAUGAACUAGCUAGGGGACAGUUCCCUAACGCCCAUAUCCAAGCCUCAACCUUCGAAGAAUUUGUUGCCGCUGCCCAAGUAGUUAAAGCAGAGCUCCCUCUGGUGACGCAGGAGAUUGGUGAUACUUGGAUCCAGGGCUCCGCAUCAGAUCCUAUGAAAGUUGCCAUGAUGCGAGCCUUCUUCAGAACAAGAACAAACUGCUUGUUGAAAGCUUCCACAGGCAAUGCAAGCAGCUGCCCCAAUGAUGAACAGAUGUACAACGCCUCCCGCUUCCUGACCAAGCUCGGAGAACACACCUGGGGCAUCGCCCAAGCUGGGGACCUGAUCAACUGGGAGAAUGAUAUAUUCUACAAGUUUCUUGAAAACCAGACUUCUCUGUACAUGCAAGGCCCAUUGUCUUGGAUCGAGCAGCGACAAUUUAAUGACCUUGCCCUUGAUGCACUGGGAGAUCAUCCACUGGCAGAGCAGGUCAGCGCAGAGUGGAAGCAGCUGAGAGCUUCCAUCCCUGACUUCACUGAUUACCAUUUGGUCACCGAUCGCACUGCUAUGAUGUCAUGUAACCAAGGUUACAAGUUCCAGUUUGCCGCGGAUGGUUCAAUCAUUGCACUGGUGGACAAGAAUGGAGUGAACUGGGCGUCGCCGACAAAUCCACUGGGGCAGUAUGUGUACCAGACCUACAACCAGACAGACUUUGACCGCUUCGGCAGCAUCUACGACACUGGCAAAUUCCAAGUGGGAAUCUACAAACCCAAUAUGACAAAGAACUGCCGGGCACAGAGCAAACCCUGGGCACACACAGUUACUGACCUUUAUCAGGCAAAUGAUGGCAGCUGCAAGUUUGGAGUCAAUCUGAUUCCUGUUGAAACAGAAGCGACCUUCUACUAUGGUGCACCACCUAAAGUGUGCAUCCGAUACAGCGUUGAGACCGACUCACAGGGAAGACCAGGUGUGGCGGUAGACUUCCAGUUCUACGCCAAGCCGCCAACACGUAUGCCGGAAGCAAUCUUCCUGACGUUUAAGCCCGUGGAACAAGAAGGCCAUCGCUGGCUGGUCCACAAGCUGGGUCAGCUCCUCGACCCCCUCAACGUGGUGCAGAACGGAAGUCAGACACAACAUGGAAUUGAUAAAGGUGUGUACUACGUUGACUCUGCCUCUAAGGGAUUAGAGAUCCUCUCGCCAGAUGUUGCUAUAGCAACCAUGUUGACAUCGACGUCACCUCUGUCUGCCAUCCCCAACCAGUUAUCUCCACUUAAGGACGUUAAUGGUGUUUCUUUCAAUAUUUUCAACAAUGUAUGGAACGUGAAUUAUAUAUUUUGGUAUCCUUAUCUCCUUGACGAUAUGAACUAUAGAUCAAGGUUCUUUAUUACAUUUUUGUAGAUUAAGGGAUUUCUCAGUUUACUAAAAUGUGGUCAUUUCUUGUGGCCAUGAAUCGUUUUCUAUAUUUUCAUGAUGAUGCAAACGUUUUGUGAGAACACCAGGAUGUCUUCAAAAUAUAGUUUGUGUUUUUGUUUUUUGUAUAUUCUGGUGAUUGUUAAACUUUGACAAAUAUGUCUGUCUCUUUUUACUAAAUGCACAACCAUAAGCAGAUGUUUCCACUGAUAACCUGUUGAUGACAUAUUGAGUGAGUGAGUGAGUGGGGUUUUAUACCACUUCAUAGCAACAAUCCAUAUCAUGAUGUGGGACACAAGAAAUAUCGUCCCCCAUUAGUGAUAUAAUCAAUAAUAAAUGCACCUGGAUAGAAA